UACUUUUCAGACUCGAAAUGGAGUGUCAAACGUGUCCCUAAACCAUAAUAAAUACAAAUUCUAAUUUUCUUUAAUUUCAAUGCCCGCAGCAGCUUAAUAUUUUGUUCUACAUACAAUUUUCGAUUAUGUUGAUUUCGUGCUAUCUUCUGUUUGACCUAAAUUUCCGACGAAAACAUGGAAGAGGAGCUUAGCGAAAAUGAGUUGGAAGGACGAAUGUAUGCUAUGAUACACUAUGUUGACGAAACACAGGCAAACAUUGGCUUAGAUCAGAAGGAAAUAAAAAUCGUCGACAAUGUACAACAUAGUGGCUUACGACGGUACUGGCACAAUACCAUCGAACAGAAAACACCUUAUCAAAAGAUCAACACUCCUAAAGAGCCAGUAAAAGCUCCCGAAACGAAGAAUGUAUUGGAUACCAGUCAGCAUAAAAAAAAUGAAAGUGUGUCAUCCUCUCCAGAUUUAUCAAUUUUCCAGCAGCCAGUACCGAAUAAUAUCAGAAAAACCGUUGAGAUACUGGAAAAUGAAGACUUAAAUCGCGUUUUUGAGCUUGUAUCAAGCGAUGAGGAUGAAGUAAUUGAAGUGGCUUUGCCUCCAAAACCAACAAUUACUAUCGAGAGCUCGGAUGAAGACACAGUUGCUAUUUCAAUCAGCUCUGCUGAAAAAAAGGCUAUUGAAAAACAACAAGAGAGUAAAACUGGCAACCGAGAAGUAACAUCUAGUCCUGUGCCAUCAGUUGUUUCUUCCGUCUCUGAUGAGUUCAUUCGUGGGGACUGUAUAGCGCUUAACAUAUCUUCAAAACAUGCCAACAGCCAGAGCUUUGACUUCAGUUUGCAUGGUGCCGACCUCCUCGGUCAGACACCUACACGGAAGAAGAAAAAAAAACGAAACAAAGACACAUCUACUCCUAACAUAACACCUGUAAAUUCUACACCAAUACCUGUGGAUGAAUGCUUCGCAACACCAAAAAGUAAGGCCAAGAAUAAAAAGCAAAGGACAAAAUCAUACCGUGUUUCUGAAAAAAGUAUCCCUGAUCCAGAUGUGUAUGAUUCAGAUAGCAAUCAAUCUACCAAUGAGGGUAACAAGAAUCCCAAUCCCAUCUCAAUCCCAGAUAAGAGUUUACCUGUCACAGAUGUGAAUGAAUCAGAUCAAUCAAAUCAAUUAGAAGUUAUCAAAGAUACAUCUGUAGUAGUUAAUGUUGACCAGGAAGCUGAGAACAACAGUGUUUCAACCGAGAGUUCUAUUACUACCACUCCAAAGGCAACGAAAAAAAACACUGACACUUUAAUCACAAAAAAUAACACUUCAAACAAAAGUGUCAUUGACUUGACUAAACCUGACGAAAAUAAUAUAACAAUAGAUGAAAAUAUUGUUAUGGGAAACGUAAGUGGUUUCUCUGAACUGGACAGCUAUGAUGAAAAUACUCCAACUCAUGAUGACCCCCCAAAGUGUGGAUCAACAAAAAUUCCUGCUAUAUUGAAUGAAGAUCUUGACUUUGACAAUUUGAAAGGUAAUAAUAGAGUUUGUAAGAGGCGGCGGUAUUCCCUUACAACUCUUAGAGCAGAGAUGGAGAAGUUUUACAAUGAGAGUUGGGGAGGCGAGGAUUUUAACCAUCGAGAGAUACAGAAAAAUAUGUCAAGAGACAAGAGCCUGUGGGUCAUUGAUCCGAAAGACAGAAUGUCAUCAUUAACAAAACGGAAAAUUACAUGCAAUUACUGCAAUCGUGUUGGGCAUCGCGACGACACGUGUAGAUUGAAACCGCCUGUGUGCUUUAUGUGUGGAUCAACGGGCCACUACGAACCGCGAUGUCCGAGGAAAAUCUGUGUAAAUUGUGGAACACCAAACCAUAUGUACUCAAGAAUGUGCCGAAAUUGCUCCAACUGGGGUACCAUACAAUGCGCAGAGUGUGGACAAAACGGACACCCCUCAAGUCACUGCCCAGACCUUUGGCGCCGCUAUCACAACACUAUCAACUUGGACAUGCCUCUGACGGAGAAUCAUCAGUUGAAGAAACACCAUCAAAUAUACUGCAGUGGAUGCACGCGCCGCGGUCAUUUAAUCCAUAACUGCCGAGUUACUCUGCCCUUCUCAGGCCUACCAAUCAAUUCGCCCUAUGUUGCAGUAUAUAGACCUGUGUAUUCACCGAUUUGCAACAACAGCCUUUCUAUAAACAAUCCGAACCAAGGCAAUAAACAAUACAAGAGAAAUGUCACGCAAGAUCCUAACCUCUCUUCUGAAUCAACACCACGAAACCAACAACUUAAACGGCACUCCAAAUCGCCUGUAAAUCAUGAUACGCAUCUAAAUAAAAAAAAAAACCUUGGUACCUCUGGCGGUACAGAAAUACGCCAAAGCACUAAGAGCCCGAUAAAUAACAGUAACAGUUUACAAAAGAAGAAUUCACAAAACAAAGAACAACCUGCUAUAACUAACAAAGAUACGACAGAAACUAAUAAAAAUGCGGAAACAGCACUAGCUGAAGAAAAUGAAGCAACAGAUAAAGCUCCAGAUUUUAUCCCGAUAACAUCUGAAAAUCAUGAUAAACAAGGACAAAUCAUUCAAGAUAAUGAAGUGUCAGAUACCAGCGAUGUUGUCACUUCAGCGAGAAUUUACAUCCCUAAAGAAAUCGUAGAGAAGCUAAAGACAGAAGAGGGUGGUACAUGGAUGAAAGAAGCUAUCAAAAAGAACAAUGUCACCCUUGAAAGUGACAUCAUAACUUUUUAUAUAAGCAUCAAAGGAACUGUCGGAAAUCAGGAAGCUUUUCAAACAGAACUCCGAGAUUGGAUUUCUACAAAACAAAAUAAAGAACGAGCCGUAUCUGAAAGUGAAGCUGAUGUAACACAAGAAUCAAUCACUGACCAAUCUUUGAUGAGCAAUGACAUACCUAAGAAUAGGAACAACGUAUUACGGAAACUGAACAAAGCUUUUGAAACUCUUAAAACCGAUUUGGGAGAUCCUAAAACUUUAUAUAGGGAGUUAGUAUAUCUGCAAAAUCGACAUGAACAACUCUUGAAGGGAAAGGCAAUAAGCCCCCAAAAACUGUCAAACAAUAGAAGUAACAUUAAUGGCAUGCUGAGAAAACUCAACAUGGUAUUGAUUGGGCAAGCGGGCCUUGCCGAUGGCUCAAGGCACUUGAGUGAAUUGCAUCUCCUUCAUGAGAAGCUCACCAACUUCAGACAGAAAAAUAUACCGACAACUUUGCGUGAGGAAAUUGGUCAACAUUUCCAUUAUAUCUUCACUGCUAUACCGAGAGAUGAUUAUGUGGAACUACUUAAUAAAUAUUAUUUCUCUAGACCAGCACCCGCAUUGAAAACUAAACACAACAAUAAAGUUUUCAAAAGUCCUAUGGUCACUCAAAAGAAUAAUAUUAACAUCCAACAUUUACAACGAAGUGUAAAUAAUGCAAAUGGUGAUAAUAAUCGUCACUUGAAUACUUCUAUAGCGACGCCUCUUAUGACAAACGCCAAAAGAAAGCUAAUGUUUUAUCACAGAAGGCUGUUGAGCACCAAACCUAGAGAUAUGGUUCUGAAGAAGACCAAAACUGAACUUAUAAAUAAAAUUAACUCGCAAAUCACAUCUUUUGAGAAGAAAAGUUAUGCGAGUAAAAAGAAUUUUAAGAAAAUGAAAAAGGUUCAAGAACAGGUUCAAUUGUUCUUGUCUAAUAUAUAUAAUAUUCAAAUGAUUGAUUUUAGUAUGGGUUUUGUUAGAAACAUGUCUGGAUUGUUGGUAUUGUUUUUGUUUUUCACUGGUAUUUCAGCAAGACGGUAUCCUGACGAAGACUUUUAUCCCGGUAAUUACUACAAUCAACAGCAAGAAAGGGUCAAUGCAGCUUUGGAAAAAUUAGAGACAGCGAAAUCUCCACAAUAUGUUCAAAACUGGCCAAACAUCACAAUGAAGCUUGGCCAAGUGUCUGCAGUGGAUAUAGAUAAAGCUGGCCACACGCUGGUGCUGCACCGUGGCGCCAACGCGUGGGACGCCACCACGUUCUCAAUGCGCAACAUCUACCAGUUCAUAGGCGACCCGCCCAUAGCCGCGCCUACUGUACUAGUGUUUAACGAGACGGGGGAACUGGUGGACUCUUGGGGGCAAAAUCUCUUCCACAUGCCGCAUGGUAUCACGGCAGACAAAGAAGGCAACGUGUGGGUGACGGACGUCGCCCUGCACCAGGUGUUCAAGUUUACGCCGCAAUCUAGGACACAACCCGCCCUCGUGCUAGGCGAAAAGUUCGUGCCUGGAGACGAUGACUACCACUUCUGCAAGCCGGCCGCGGUGGCCGUUCUGUCUUCGGGCGACUUCUUCGUCGCGGAUGGUUACUGCAACUCGCGCGUCAUCAAGUUCGCGCGCGACGGCUCCAAGAUACUGCAGUGGGGGAAACGUUUCGGCGACUCGCCCUUCGUGUUCAGCGUACCGCACGCGCUCGCUCUGGCGGAGGACCGAAACGAGCUGUGCGUGGCCAACCGCGAGCGCGGCCGCGUCGAGUGCUUCCGCGCGGACUCGGGCGCGUACACAACCUCCUUCCACAACUGGCUCGUCGGGCCCAAGAUAUACAGCGUUGCCUACGCGCCUCUUGAAGGUGGCCGACUGUACAUAGUGAACGGACCUUCACUGCCAGAUAUACCCUCUCGAGGCUACGUCAUAGACUAUACCAGCGGCCGUCUGAUACAAACCUUCGCGCCCACCGACGGCUUCCACAACCCGCACGAUAUAGCGGUCAAGCCCGACGGGAGCGCGAUAUAUGUCGCGGAGUUGGACCCACGGAGAGUGACAAAGUUUGUCCACGUUACUGUGAGAAACGACACGAGAGAGCAAGCGGUCAAUGUAACUCACGCCAAGCCCACUGCGACUGUCGAAGGCCACGGGCCGCUGACUGCUGGAGCGGGUGAAGGCGUUGGCGUAUCCGGGGUGUUGAGUGACGUGGGCGACGCGUGGGCUAUGUGGGGCGGAGCUGUGGGCGGCGCGCUGGCGGCGGCGGGCGGCACGCUGCUGGUGGCGCUGUGUCGCGCGCGGAACUCGGGUCGCAAGUCGGUGACGCGCCGGCGCUGGGAGUACGGACACGGCGAGUUCAAGCUGCGGCGGCUGCUGGAGCGGCGCCGCUUCACGCGCGUGCGCUCCGACGACUCGGAGGACGAGCCCGCGCCCAUGCUGCCGCCGCCCACCGCCUGAUGACGCUAACCACGCACAACCAACAACCACCGAUACUA